AUGACUUCAUCAAACGUCAGCAUACCAUCGACGUUUGCCGAUGCAUUUGGAUUUGACGAUAAUAGCUUGAAAACUAUUAGCGUUCCUGUGACAACAAACGGCAAUAUAGAACAGAUCUCUGACCCGUUCAGUAAUCAUUACGAUCAAAUCACAUCGACUAGUGGUGCCGAUAUUGAUCCAUUCGGUGUGUCGGGCAAUAUAAAACUGUCCGCUUCUUCGCAAAAAUUCGAUGAUGUACCAUUUACAACAGAUAAUUUUGCAACAGUUUCCAAUGAUGCGAAAGCGACGGAAAAUGAUGAUGAAGAAUCUGUUCGUCCGCGUAGUGGAAAAGAAGCAUUGCUAUCGACCAAUUGGGCUGCUUAUCAGCAACCUUUACCAGCUCGUAGUCAAGAACCAAUACCAGUCACGUUAGAUAAACAAACAAAUGCCUUCACGGACUUCUUUUUAGAUUCAUUUCAACCUCAGUCUCAAUCACAACAGCAGCAAUUAAAACCUAAUGCAAAUGGAAUAGGACCGCAGCAACAACAAUUUUUAUCAUCAAAUUUGGGGUUUCCCAUACCUCAUUCAAAAAGUAUUAAUUUAAUGAAUCCAUUUUCUGUACCGACAUCUAUAGCGUCGGCAUCGACAAUGAAUACAAAUCAAGUUUCACCAGUCGAUUUAUUGUUUGAUGUUGAUGUUGAUCUUAGCUCUUUACCAGUAACAAGUAACGAUUCAACAGCAAUUCCAAAUCGCGUCCAGUCGUCAUACGACUUGCUUGGAUUAACUCAUCCCCAUCUACAACAACAAUCAAAAGUUCUUAAAAGUGAUAGUCUAAGUAACAUAACCAAUGCAUCACCUUCCGCAACUAAAACAUUAACCGCAGCCUCUUCUUUAAAAAAUUUGUUACAACCAUCACAACAACAACAACUGGUGUCACCCACUUUGUUACGCUUACAAACGUCGAGCACAUCAUUAGCAUCAGGCAGUAGUUCUACACCUUUUGAUGAUAAAUUUCUUGAUUGGAUAACAGAAUCAGAUGAUCUUAUGUGCUCAGUAGAUCCGAAAUUACUUGGCUCAUCGAAAAAAAUCGAUAUUAACAUGAUGAAAUCAACAGAAGAUUUAUUGGGUUCAAUAUAUAAGCCUAUUCCAACAUUAACAACUGGUCUACCACCACAGCAACAAGCACUUCCAACGUUAAAAGAAUCAUCAUUAGAAAUUACUACGCCUACAGCCGUACCAACAAUCCUACCUGUUCGUCGUCCAUCAAUUGAAAAUUUACCCGAAAUCCUCAUACAUGAACCAACGAAUGAAAUGAAUGAUAGCAAUGUUGUACCUGAUGGUUAUUUUGCUGCGAAAAAAGAGUCACCGCGUUCUAGUAAAAUUAUACCGAUAAAAAAACCAUCAAUGAGUGAUGAAUCUGAAGACGAUGAUGAAGAUUUACCAAAACAAAUGAUAUUUUCAAUUGACGACAAGAGUAAACAAAAUUUACGCGCCAUACCUGCUAGUCCUAUGCCUUUACUUCCACCGCCUCCCUCUCCAUCUCAAAUGAAAAAGACGACGACGAUCAAUGUGGGGCAUAAAAAUAAAAAUUCAAAAAAAGCAGCAAUUAGUGACGAUGCUAGUUCAUCGUCAUCAGCUUCGGACGAUAAGGAAGAUGAUGAUGAUCCUUUAGCAAUGUUUCGUACAAAAUCAUUAAAAAAUAAAAAAACAGAUAAACCAGAAGAAACACCAACAAAUUUAAUUAAUGACUGGUUUAACGAUGAUGAUAAACCGAUAACAGAAGAAAGAAAAACUUCUGUAUCACAAACUGAAAAGGUUUCAGCAUCACGCGCAUCACCACCACCCAUCUAUCUUUACGAAGAAAAUGAUGGUUUACCAUUAGAAGCAUAUCACAACGAUAUAAACGACUUACAAUUACAACAAUUAAAUGGUUGGUUACUUCAUAUUCGUACACCACUGAGACAAAAAGAUUUAUACAAAAGUACAUUUCAACGUAUCAGUGAAACACGUACAUGGCAAGAAUGUUAUGUUCGAAUAUUUUUUGAUGAAAAAAAAUUACGUUUUUAUUUACCACAAACCAUUGAACAACCAUUUGCUGAAAUUGAAUUACAAUCAUAUUAUCAAUUAACAAAAUUUAACUUACAACAAUAUGAUCAAUAUACAAAAAUUCAUACAAUAAAAAUAUUUGAAGCCAAUUAUCGUGAAAUACCUCAAGUACGAAUUGAACGUUUGGUAACAUUACCAGAAAAAUUAAUACGAAAAUUUACUCGUCCAAAUAAACCACAACAAUUUCUAUUAGAUCAUGCAAAUUGUGUUCAACAAGAAAUUGUUAAAUUUGGUCAACUAAAUUAUUCAUAUUUGAAAAAAUUUUCAAUUAUAUUAGAAGAUUUAUUUUGGACAAUGCCCGUUCCACGAAAUCGUAUUCAGAAACAUAUUAAAGAAGAAGUAACAGUAAAAGUUGUUGAUGAAUAUCAAGCAAAUAUUGAUCGUUAUCGUCAUAUUUUAUCGCAUAAAUCGCGUACAAGAAUAUUCGUAUUGGCAUUUUUAAAUGGUUAUACACCAACGGUUGAAAUUGGUAUUAAUGAUUGGUUUCGACAUGGUAAAGAAAUAAAUAAACGAAGUGAAAUAAUAUUAAAUAAAACCUUACAAGAAUAUUGGAUUAAACCAGAACAAUGUGAAUUAUCAACAGUCAUUGAUAAAACGGAAUAUGAGAACACUCAUUUAUUAAAAUUUACACCACCAGAUAGUCAAAAAAUAGAAAUUAUACGAUUUAGAACAAGACCAAGACAAAAUAUUGAAUUACCAUUACAAGUUUAUUGUUUUAUGUCAGUGUUGCAACGACAAGUAUCAAUUCGAAUCGAAUUAAUUGUAUCUAGUUUUUUUAAUCGUAAUUUAUUGUCAAAAGUUGUAGAUGUUGCAACAUCAUCAUCAAAAGAAGAUACCGAUGAUCAUUGUCCAUGUCAAGAUAUUCAAAUACGUUUUCCAGUGCCUGAUGCAUGGGUCUAUAUGUUUCGAGUUGAAAAACGAUUUCGUUAUGGUGCAAUUCAUAGUGUUCGACGAAAAGCAGGCAAAAUAAAAGGUCUUGAUCGAUUCAUGGUACAUCGUGGUGAUUCUAUGCCUGUCUUAAUGGCUACAACAAGUGGUACCGCAAAAUAUGAGCAAGCAUUUCGUUCGAUUGUUUGGCGAAUUGAUCAAUUACCGAAAAAAGAUCAAGGAGCCUAUAAGACACAUGCGUUUCAAUGCACUUUAUCAAUACCGACAUUUGAUCCCAUUCCUGAAAAAUAUGAGCCAAUUGCUGAGGUAGAAUAUUCAAUGGCUCAAGCAUUUGUUUCACAAUGUCAGAUUCGUUCUGUAGCCGUGCCAAAUGCUGAAGAGCCACCGGAAAAAUGGGUUCGAUCAAAAACAAAGUUUUCGUAUACAGUAGAAAUUGAAUAUGCAUUUAAAGAUGAAGAAGUAAAAGAAUUUGCACCGGUUGAAAUUGAAAUGAAAGAACAAUCAAUGUCUCAAAGCGAAAACGAAAAUAAUUCUGGAUCAGAUAGCAAUUAA